CCAUUAAACUAUCAUGGCCAUGGCCAUGCCACAUGAUGCUAAGGAAACGGCAAUAGCAAUGGAGAAAGGGGUUCUAGGGUUUGCUUCUAGGGCAUGGCACGCGCCUGGAUCCAUUCGACGCACUCCGGCGCGGAUUGAGUGAGGGCCGAGGAAGGAAUCCGGGCUUAGGGUGUAGAGCACUCGAUCGAUGCGUCGGCGCUAGUGGAUCGAGUUGAGGGGAAUUGCGUUGGAUUGGAUCGGAUUGGAAGAAUGGCCACGGCGCUGGAACCUGCCACUUACUGGUGCCAUCAGUGCCACACGUCCGUGAGGCCCAACGCCGGGAAUGACAUCCUUUGUCCGUUCUGCAAUGGCGGCUUCAUCGAGGAGAUCGAGAACUCGCCAGGGAUCGUUUUCCCGCCGCAUCGCCAGAGACCAACCGUCAUCUUUGGUGGUGAGCCGGGAUCUGGGAGGGAAACCAGAGGUAUCUCUGCUGAUGGCGAUACUCCUCCCGCUGGUAACCAAGGUGUUCGUCAUCCUCCAAUUUUCCAGGUUCUCCAGGCCAUGUCCGCGAUUCUCCAGCAAAGUCGAGACAACAACAACAACAACAACAACAACAGCGCUGGUGCGAAUCAAAGAGACGGCGCCGACCACGCGGAUCCACUUGAUCCCAUGAUCCUCGUCCAGAACAUGUUUGGAGGCAGAGGUGGAAACGUGGAGGUGUUCUUCGACACGGGCACUGGAGCUCGACGCUUGCCGGCAAACUUUGGAGACUACUUCUUCGGGCCGGGCCUGGACCAGCUGAUCCAGCAACUCGCAGAGAAUGAUCCCAACAGGUAUGGCACUCCACCGGCGUCCAAGACAGCGAUCGAAGCCAUGCCCGUGGUGAGCAUCACCAGCGAACACAUGAGCGGUGACGGUGGGCAGUGCGCGGUGUGCAAGGACGAGUUUGAGCUGGGGUCGGAGGUGAGACAGAUGCCGUGCAAGCACCUCUACCACGGCGACUGUAUCCUACCAUGGUUGGCGCAGCACAACUCCUGCCCGGUUUGCAGGCACGAGAUGCCGACCGACGAUCCAGAGUAUAACAACACUGCACCGGGGCGAGGCGGGGCUCAAGCCAGCCGGGCUGCGAAUGCCGAGAUCGGUGGUGCUGCUGCUAGCGGUGGCGGCGGCGGCCCUGGUCGUGGUUUCACUCUCUGGGGAUCUGGAGCGAACUUAAAUCUGGAUGGUCACCAGCACCACCAGGACAGCGGGAGCUCGAGACCGGCGGAGGAGCCCCGGAGUAACAGGCGAGUCUCGUUCCAGUUUCCAUGGCCAUUUCGCUCGUCUUCGUCUCCGCCACCAGCCCCAGCUCCUGCUCCUCCAUCGUCGUCUUCGUCGCAGCAGCAGCAUGGAAGCUCCUCGGCCAGCGACCAGCCGGAGAAUCGAGAUGACCGCCGUAACUAGCGUCGUACAUAUGUUUUCUAAGUGUACGGGGGGAAGAAUAAGUGAUAAGGAGUUGCUGGGAGGGAAGGGUGCGGAGAACUUGUGAAGUUUCCUUCUGGAAGAAACGUUUACGCGAUGCUGGACGUAGCACGAGUAAAAUGUGGUGAUUAUUUUUUAUACAAGAUUUAUUUCUCCUCUCUUUCCUUUUUUUUAUUAAUUUAUUUUUGUCCAAUAUCUAUUCGACUUUUUGUUGGUUUA